AGAAGAAGAUAUUAGUGUAGAACUGGUAGAACCAAGUCGUGUCGUAACAGUGUAAACAAGUUCGUUAGAAGCUCUAAGUUGUACAAUCACGGCGAUUCUGAUCAGACGGUUCACGACCUCUGUCAAGAUGGGUCUUCUUGCGUUCUUCGCCAUUUUGGUCCCGACAGUUUUAAAUAUAGCUUUGGCGUUGGAAGCGCCAACUACCUCGCUGAAUGAUGGCAACAAGAUUCCCAUUUUGGCGCUGGGGACUUACGGAGGAAAUGGAGACAAAAUGCGUCAAACUAUCAACUGGGCGGUGGAGGCUGGGUACAGACACAUCGACACGGCCUCUUUGUACGGCAACGAGGAGGACAUCGGGAGGGGCAUCGCUGACGUCAUAGGCAAGGGGCUGGUCAAGAGGGAGGACCUGUUUGUUACUACCAAGCUAUGGAACGACAAACACGCUCGCAACCAAGUGGUGCCGGCCCUGAAGGAGUCGCUCAGCAGACUGGGCUUGAGUUACGUCGAUUUGUACCUCAUCCACUUCCCUAUUUCUUCUGAGGCGGACGGCUCAGACGGCUAUAUCGACUACCUGGAGACUUGGCAGGGCAUGGAGGACGCCAAGCGGCAGGGGCUGGCCAAGUCCAUCGGCGUCUCCAACUUCAACUCGGCGCAGAUUAAGAGGAUCAUUGAUAAUAGCCAGAUUCCUCCGGCUGUUAAUCAGAUCGAGAUCCACCCAGCCCACACUCGAGAAGCCCUCGUCACCAAGUGCCACAACAUGGGUGUAGCGGUCAUGGCCUACAGUCCCUUCGGUUUCCUGGUGCCCAGGGCGAGCUCGGCCGCGCCUCCCCCCCAGGCCGAUGACCCCACCCUGGUCAAGAUCGCGCAGAAGUAUGGGAAGACCACUAACCAGAUAGUGUUGCGGUAUUUGAUCGAGAGAAACGUCAUCCCAGUCCCGAAAUCAACCAACAAGGACCGACUGAAGGCCAACAUUGACGUCUUCGACUUCACACUGACCCCAGAAGAGGUCACCACCAUCAGCAAGCUCAACGUCAACAAGUCCGUCUUCGGGGAUGAUGAAGGGUCAAAGAACCACCCAUAUUACCCAUAUACUGAGUAACUGAUUGUGUAAGAAUAAAGAGUUUUCUAUCUUUUUUAAA